GCGGCCCCGCGUCUCUCCUCACCGCGGCUGGAGCCUGGUUCUGUAGGAAGGGGGUUUGUCCUGCCGAGGGAGAGCGCGCACCGGGGAUGAACGAGCCGGGACGGGACCUGGUACCGGUACCGGUACCGGCACCGGCACCGGCACCGAGCUGGGCUCUCCUUUUCCCAACUCUCUGUCAUUUGUGUGUGUUUCUUCCAGCAGUGUAAAUAGGAAAGGGAAACGUGCGCAGCGCAACCACCCACAGCGGGUACCAGGCAAGAGUAGACCUUAUUCUCCGCUGUAUUUAAGCGACAAAUAAUUCCUGCUCGUCCCUUACAGAUUUUGGUCGGUGCAAUAAUAAGAGCUGCGUCCAGAGUGGGAGAAGCCAUGGCAGCGGGAUCCUGCACGCACUGGGAACAGGAGCUACGCAGAGGAGAGCGGCCUCCGACCCAAGGGCGCCAAUGAGCGGGGCAGGAGGUGGAUGGGGCUGGGGCAGAACUGACACCGGACACCAUGAGUUCCCGUGCGAUGGAGAUGCGGGAAUAACCUGCAAAAGCAAUGCAAAGUUCAGUGGCUGUGCUUGUACAAACAUUCUUUCUGGUAUUUUAAAUUUAACCUGUUCUGAAGAUAACGAAAACAUAAACACAACAGCAAAUGAUGGAACUCGUCCCGAAGAAUUCUCCAGUCGACACAGAGACGCAACAGAAACAAUGGGAAUUUCAGUUGAAAUGCCAGGAAAUGAAGCUUCCCUUAAGAAGGAAUUACCUGCCAGUGGUCUUAGUAAAAUAGAUAGCAAAGAACAUCUAACUAAGUCCAAAAUGUCUGAUGUCCUUCUGCGUCAUUUUUCUAAGGGAGAGUUAAGCACAUGCCAGUUAAUUGAAUGCGAGUCAAUCCCAGAGACAUCCCUUACUGAAAGCAUCGAUGACACUGUGGACAGACCCUGGCCUUCAGAAUACAUCAAAGGCCCUGUAGCACAUCAGCAGUGGGCAAAUAACUUUGAGGAGUAUCACUUGGAAAAGCACGAGGGAGUAAGCACUGGUGAUAAAAAUAAAUAUUUGCUCAAUGAAAGCUGGGUUUCAAAGAAACCUGUUUCUUCUGCUGGUAAGUGUGUGUACAGACAAGAACAUUCACCAUUGAUUAAUGAGGAUGAAGAUACACAUAUCUUACAAAACAUGAAAGAAGAGAGACACCUGUAUAAGAAAACAGUUUCGCCUCAUGAGCUCAAAUAUGGCCAAGUUCAAACUCACUGUUACCUUCCUGACUUCUCCAAAGUUGCUUCAGAAGUUGAAGUACCAAAAAGAACUGACAGUAUAAAGUCAGUUCCUACAACUGAAAGAGUAGAAUCCUUCCCUGUUUCGCUAAGGACAUCAAUAAUUGCGAACAACAUUCCAGGAAAUACGAACUAUUUCUAUUCUGCUGAAACAGAGAAUCAGGAAGAAACGAGCAUUCCAGAACUUUGGCAACAGCUAGAGAUGUUGACACAGCAGGAUGGCACCCAGAAUCAUCCUGACCAUCCAAGACUGAAUCCUAAGAUGCUUCCUCAGUCAGAUUUUCCAAACGCCGUUUACUCAGGAGGCAUUGGGACGUCUUCUGAAGUCUUUACAUUACAUGUUUCUAUCCCUAAACAAUCUACGCAUGGUUUGUCUAAAGCAAGAUUACACUGUGGAACAACAGGAUCAGCAUUACCAGCAGCUGGUCCAGUAGAAGCAUCCUGUUUAAAUCAUUCUAAUUUACUGCCAGAACUAACAGUAGGAGAAAAGAUGUCUCAAAUACUAAAGGAUCAGACAGCCCAACUGAUAAAAAAAGUGGAAGACUUCUCUAAGCAUAUGACCCAAGAGACAUUCCUUUUACAAGACAACUAUCUGGCAUUAAAUCAAUUGAAAAGCCACCUUGAUGCCUUGGAAAAGAAUUACUUAACAGCUAGAGAACAGCACCGUUAUUUACAGCUGCAGAACUACAAGGACAAGUCUAUCAACGUUGGAGAGUUUGAUCCUGAAAGAAAGGUUGAAGGGGAGAUAUUUAGACUUGGCAUGCUCCUUGAAGAUAUCCAAGAACAAAGUGAUGACAGCAAAUGCAACUUAUCCUCUUUGCUUACUUCCUACGAAUCUGCCCAUUCAUCACCUUCUCCUUGUGAGAGAUUCCUUUCACCUGAGGAAGAAUAUGCUGCUGAAGGUCUUGCAUCCCACAGUUGGGGUACAUUAAGUCAAAACUUUAACGCUGAUGAAGAAAGCAUGAAAGGAAAUACAAACGUCCAUGAAAGGAAAACUGCAACAUGUUCACUCUUCAUUCAGAGAAAACCAACUGAUUUAUCAGAUACCAACCUGAGCAGCAAUUCGGAAGACACCUCAGCCUACAAUUCUUACAAUGAUUCGCUAAGCGAGGAACUUGUGAACUGUGAGACUGAAAGUCACAGAACGUUCAAUACAAGAUUAUGUGGAGAGAGAAGAGGACUUAGAUGCAUAUGCCCUGCAGAAAGCAGAGAUCAAUUUAAACUCAGGAAUUACAAAGACACUGUUCGGUCUUGUGCCCAGUGUAGGAAUAAAACUUCUGUUUCAUCCUCUUUUCAACCGAAGAAAAUCUCCACUCGUAAGCCUCAAAGAAAUAAACAGCCACAUGAACUUGUAAACCGACUUUCUGAAAGGAAAAACAUUGAGGCUGCCAAAACCUGCUAUUCAAGCACAUAUGACAAAAUCGUCUUUUCACAUAAAUACUUACCCAGCAAGAAGUCUGCCCGAAACAAAUCUGCCAUCAGCAUCAGAAACGCCAAUGACUCCAAUGCAACUAUUUUAAGUUCUACUCUGGAUCAUGCCAUACAGACAGCAAACAGCUUGAAGAAAGCUACAGAAAGAAUGGUACGAGCAGUUUCAGAAGAUCUAGCUAAAGUGAAAAGAAAACAGCUUUAGUGACCCUGUAACAAAAGCUACAUUGUUUUGCUGAUCGAUACUAAAGUGUCAGUAUCUCUGUAAAUAUAAAAAGAUAAAUACCCAGAUGGGAUUGGUUAGCUGACUUUGCCAGCUGUUCUGUAACUUAACAGUACUAAACUAAACCAGAGCAUAGUGGUAUUCCACAUCUACACUCAGUCUCAGAAAUGGAAAACAAAUUACUAAUUCUAUUGGAAAACUUUAGUAUGUUGGGUAACUGCUAUUGUGUACAGCUGCCUUCUCUAUGCAUUCAUUUAAGACAGCUUAAUAAAAAUAGGCUUAAACAAGCAAGGUUGACUUUUUUACUUUUGAUUUCUUCCCACUCCCAGACAGGAGAAUAAAUCUCAGUCAUUACUACAUAUCUUUUCUUCCCACACCUUAGCAGCAGCUACUUCAUCAACAAAGGGAAACAGCCUCUCCACCUGAGACAUUUGUAAGCAUCAUGCUAACAUACCAAGUCAUAGUCACAGUUAACCUAUGUAAUUAUUUUGUUUUUAGAGCGCCCUACAUUGGGAGUUGUUUGUUUUUAAGAUACUUCCUGACUGAGUAAUACCAUUUGUUGUCUGUGCAUUCCUAACAAUUAAAUUGUUUGUUUCUUCAGCGUGGUGUCUCACCUUGUCAGAUUUAUCUGCCUUUGAGAUUUUACCUGAUGAGAAUUGGGUUGUAAAAUUUUAAAAUACUGUAGAAAUACAGUGAGUCAAUAAGAGUCAUCUAUUAUUUUCCUUCUGAAAUCCAUUUAACUGCAGUGAUUAAAAGCAAGCAGUUAACAGCCUUGUAUUAUCAGGGAUGCUACUCAUUGAACGAAUUCCAAAGUAUAUAGGGACUGACUGCAAGUGAGAAGUGACAACGCAUUGCUCUAAAAGGACAGUCUUUGUCAGGCAAACCCAAGUCAUUCCAUCAGCUAAUAGAGACAGAGAUAACCCAGACUCCAUUCAUGCAAGUAGCAAUAGCUGAACUCACUGCCUUGUACCACUGAUUUACUAGCUUGAGUCAAUGCCUUUUUUCAGGGCUUCUUCCACACUUCAUAGCCAGCAAUACCAUUAACCUUUCUUUUCUCCCUUAGGCCGUUACUGUAUAUCUUUAUAACUCAAUCUGCCUCUGCUUAUUAUCCAUGGUUUUGCUUUACUUAGUGUAAGAUAAUAACACAGGAUAGCAAAAGACUCACUUUUCCAUGUCCCUGUUAUUAGUUCACAAGGGAACUUAACAGUUGAAGUAACUGCUAUAGGCUUCCUAGACCCAAUAAAAAAGAUUGAUCUCUUCCAUAGAAACCUUGCUACACCACAAGAACAGCAAGACCUUUUUUUAUAUUGGGUCACUGUCCGAGCCUGCUGUUCUGAGCCUGACAGCAAAUGCCUAAGAAGGAACAGACUUAAGACAGGCAUGUAAUGACAUUCCCUCAGACCAUUCUCUGGAAAACUGAAGGCUCAGACAUCUUCCAAACCAGCAUUAAUACCUUUAUUAUAUUUAGUAGCCCUACAAAGACUUUUCUCUCCUGUAAAUAGAGGUUUUUUUCCCUCAAACAACAAUGUAAAGCAUGUCAUUACUGCAUGAUGUCUCAGGUGCUAGAAGUCCUUUUGCUCUGAAUUUGACAGCUGCCAAGUUUCGUGUGUUCCUUCACACAUUGAAUAUAGGAAGAUAACGUGUCCAUCUCUUCAGCCUGCAGACUAACAUGAUUUUUUUCAAGGCUUCCAUCACAUACUACUACAUUGCUUCCCCACACCCCCGAUCAAGGCUCCUAUUCUAGCCAUUCUUGAUAUGGACAUUGUUACAUACCUUUGAUUUUCCUCUUAGUCAUCUCUGAAUCUUUUCAAGAUUCAACUUAAGAAACAAACUGCACUUGGAAAUUACAUAUAAUUGUUGUCACCUACAGUAAUCAGACCAAUACCUGUGCUUAUGUGCAUAUGGACCCACAUGCAUGGGCUAAGUAUCUCUUUUGAGAUGUAUAAUAUGAAAACAGGAACUUUCAAAAUUAUAAUAAACCUCGUACAUGUACUCUAAAAUAGUAGGUUAUGGGGGGAGACAAAUCUUGAUACAACUCUUUCAUUCUUGAUCUUGAUAAAAUAGUUCUUGAUCUUGAAAAAAAAAAAGUAGCUGAGAAGAUACUUGGGAAAAAGAAAGUGUAAUAUACAAGAUUUUUUUCCGUCCUCCUUCUCAAACUCCUGUAAGAAACAAGGAGCUGGUUUGGGCUACAACAUAUUGCUGUCAGAUUUCUUAUCUCAAGGCAUCUCUAUUAAUUCACCUUUACUGUAAUGUUUGGCUUUGCCUUCUGGGAAAAAAUAGUGGGUGAUGAAUUCCAAAACUCAGGUCUCUGCAUUGUAUUUAUCUGCUAUUGAAUUCUGAGCUGGUGAUAGCACUUUAGCCUAAAGCGAACACUUGGAGAAAGUCUACCUGCUGGACACGCAAAAGUAAUGCAUCAUUUCAAGCUGGUAUUUCUUAAACUCUACUGCAACAAACAGCGAUACAAUGGAUUUUGUAUACUUGUUCUUCUUGAUCAGGUGUAAGGACUACAUAUAACUGAAGUGUAAUUGUCUAAUAUUGAUUUCAAAGUCUGCAUCUUUAGUAAGAUAAUGUUGAAUGCUGCAUUCCUCAAAUACGUACUCUCACUCUGGAUUUUCAUUACCAUCUUUAUAGUUAGAUACUAAUUCAGAAAGACAAAAAAAUUUAGUAGAAAUAUAGAAAUAUCUAUAAAGUUUUGAUGCACAGAAUGUUUGAUGAACCUGUUAAAAAAAAGGUGGUGUUCCUCUAUUCCUACUGAAAAUAAAAUCACUAAGUUAGAUGCCUAACUCAUGUAGGAGCAUUUGAAAGCCACAGCCCUUUAUCCUCAUCAUGUCCCAAGUCAUGCAACAUUUUAGAAUCAUUAUGUUCUCCCAUUUUACUUCUCUGUUACAGGGAGUUACCUUUUUCUACCUUCUAAUUAACUCUGAAUGAACUUACCUAGCAAAGAUGUUCUCUUAACCUAUUAGUUAACCUGAGGGCAAAAUGAAGGGAAAAGAAACAAAACUACCUUUCUGUGAAACAAAAAAUUAAUACCCUUGCAGUUGGGAAAAAUGUAAAUUACAAGCCAUGAGUAAUCUAUUCCUUUUCAUUAUUACAUUUGUCUCUGAU